AUGGCAGGUGCCUCUGAGGGCUUCGUCGGAUCUAGCAGCUACGCGGAUGAUGUCCUUCUGACUAAGCUUCUAAGGAGCGCAGGGAUACAAAAACCCGAGACGUGUGGCUUGCUGCUCGAGAUCCUGGAAUCAGCGCGGUCCAAAGAUUCAGAGAGAAGGUUGAUUGGGUCAUACCAGAUCAGGCAAUGCCUCAAGAACCUUCAUAUGACUAGAGAGAGUCAAGCUUACGUGCAUGUUGCCGCUUUCGUGAUUGAAAGGGGUGCUGUGCAAGCCAUUGCGUCAGGGAUGAGAGAAGUUCUAACAGGGAACUGGGAACAUCUUUUGGUUGAAAAAUCGUUGGACCUCAGCUCAAAAUCAGCCCGGAAGAUCACGGUCAACAAAGCUCUGAUCUACAGCCAGUGUCUCGCUUCCUUGGCCGCCGUGGACAACCGCUGUGUAGCUUUCAUUCUCAAAGAAUUUCCGGAUGUGGCUAAGAUUGCAAGUGGUAUGUUACUCGAGGAGCCGUCAACCGAAGAAGUCAGUCAUCACAAAGCCUGCAGAUUGCGAAGACAGGCAGGGGCGGAGUUGACAAAAAUGCUCAUGAACCUGAUGGCGGGAUCUGAAAGCUUCACAAAAAUAGAUGCAGCAAAUACUGCUCUCCUGAAGGGGAUCCUGACUUAUGCUGCGAGCAUCAAAGACGUGGACGAAGCAACGAGUAGAGCGGAAGCGGAAUCAUAUUUCAUAGCCCUUGGGAUCGUCCAAAAUGCAGCAUUCACACAGAAGGUCGAUCUGCGGGCCUUGAAACGAGAUCUGUACGAGCUUGUGGAACACGUGCUGGCAAACGCAAAAAGCCGAGUGCAAAUUGACAUGGCUAUCCAGCUCCUCUUUAUGACCGCAAACGCCGAUUUGGAGGAAAAUUGCAUCUCAGAGUACCCGUCUCUUGGCUCCUCAAUCCUUGCCUUGCUUUCUCUGGGAGACAGAAUCGGCGAAUUUGCCCGGGACUUGGUAAACUGUGCGGCGAAUGACUUCUGGAAAAAGGAGAUCCAGACGGUUCAGGGCGGACAGAUGGCCACGUUAGACGUAUCUGAGCGCUUCAAAGAUGACAAGAAGGCAGUGCAACGGGCAAUUCAACUAUGCAGAGUAUAUUCUACCUCAGCAGCACCACAGGACAUCUGCGAAGCGUUUCACAUUGAGAGGCGGAGAAACAAGCAAGACAAAGAUCAACGCUCCAGUGAAGAGAGACGAAAGUUUGCAACCCUUCCCUUCAGGGCACGCCUCGAGCGCAGGACAUGCUCGAACAUUGGUUGCGGCAAUACAGAGUCUGUGGCAGGCCAGUUUCAGGUGUGUGGAAGAUGCAAGCUGGCUGUCUACUGCAGCAAAGAUUGUCAAAAGAGGGCUUGGAAAGAGGGGCACAAGGAUCUGUGCCACUGA